UGCAACCUGUGAGCGGGCAGCGGCCGAGGGCCGGGCUGAGGCUGACCUGGCCCUGACGGAGGGGAUGGCCACCUCAAACACCCGCAAUCAGGCCAUCCCGGAGACUGAGGCCGUGACUGCCCUGACUGUGCUAGCCACGGUCAGGGCCAUCCUGGAGAGACUGGCGUCCUGCGACACCGUGGACGCCGGGCUGCAAAUGGCCAUCGUGAGCCUGACCGAAGAACAUCCUGCUCACGUGGUCAUGAGCCUCCUGCACUGCGCCCCACUGUGUGACAGAGCUGCCACACUGAUGUGGAGGGCCAUGGCCACCUCAGAAGUGGCCAUGGAGGAGGUCCUUCCGGCGCUGCUCUCCGUGCUAGAGCAGCAGCCACCGCACGGCCCGAUCUUCUGCAGCGGGAAUGAGGCCGCCUUUGCCCUGGCUGCAACUCUGGUGCUGCGGAGGAUUGUCCCCACGUCUGAGUGGCACUACGGGAUGCUCAUUUAUUCUCCCCAGCUGCUCGUGGAUCUGCUCUUGCAAAUGUUUUCUACCACAGAGCAGAUGCCAGAGGACGUUCAGACCAGGAGCUUCUGGAGAGUGUGCCAGGAGGAACACGGCCUUCCCAGCGACCCCAACAGGUUUGCAGCGCACACCAUGAAGGCUCUGCUCUCCCGACUGGGCUUCGACAAGAAGCUGGUGGCUCUGGAGCACACACAGGUCUGGGACGCCCUGCUCUGUGCCAACACCCAGCACGAGGCAGCGGGCCUGCUGGCCAGGGAGAUGCGCCGUGGCUUGAGCCCCCUGUGUCCCCACAUGGCCUCGCACCUGCUCAGCCUGCUCAUCCGCAAGCAGCCACGCCGGGAUCUGCCUGCCCUGGCCUUCUUUGUGGAGCUCCUGGACUGCCUGGACUUGAGCCGACACGGUCCCAGGGCCCUCUGGCUCCUAUCCAGGCACCUGCCGAGCCAGUGCAGGGACAGGCUGCGCCUGCAGCUCAGAGGCCUCAUGCUGCUCAGCAAGGAGCCCUCGCUGGGCAGAGGAAUACGCGGCCUCUAUCAACACCUGCUGGAGCAGCUGCGUGAUCCCAAUGCGGAGAUGCUCUGGACGAGCCUCUCCGUGCUCACGCACGUGCUGCAGGACAAACACCUCAAGAUACCCAGCAUCACCGCCCUGAAGCUGGCUGAGCCCCCGCUGACACGCUUUGGCAACGACAACAGCCAGCUGCAGCUGCUCUCCAUUCAGCUCUUCAGCCAGGUGAUGGAGCUGGGAGUGGAAGAGGGGGAAGAGCCUCUCACGAGAAUCCUGAGCCAGUGCCUGCUGCCUCUAUUCCUGCGCUUGGCACGUGGCCAAGGACUCUCGCGAAGCCCUGCUUUGUGCGGCACGCUGCCCGAGGAGGACGGACCUGGAGGAGCUGCGGAUGAAGUUCGCCCAGAGCCUGCUGUUGCAGGACCUGAGCCCAGCGGCCGAGCACCUGCGCUGCGCCCUGCCGCGCCUGCAGAGCCCGCAGAGCCCCCUGCGAGAGACGGCCGUCAGCAUCAUUGGGGUGGCCGGAGCGCUCAUGACGGGGCAGAAGGAGGAGCUCCAGGUCCUCACUGAGGCUCUUCAAGCCAUCGGGGAAGAUCAGAGCCCAUCCUGCAGGGGCACACUGAUGCAGCUGGCAUUCAAAACCAGAUCUCUGCGUCUUCGUUUGUCAGCUGAAUCAGAUGGACCGGAGUCUGGCAAUUUCCAGCUCCCACUGGAGAUGGGAGCACCUGCAGAACAGAAGAGACCAGCUGGAGUUCCAGGCACAGCUCUAGCUGCUCACAGCUGAGCCUGUGGGAAGCUCCAGGAGCUCCUGCCAGCUCUCUCCCUGGUGGCAUCUCCCUCCCUGCAGCCCUCAGGCCCUGCCCAUCCCCCUUUUUACCUCCCAGUUCACCCCUUCCCUUCGCUUUCCCCUAAUAAACUGUUUAGCUUUUGCACGUUA